ACAUUUAUAGACUCCUCCUCUAGCCUAAUUUCCUUAAAAAGAAAGCACCAAAACUUUUUGUUCUCAUAUAUUUAGCCAAACUUGUUUUCUGAUUGGUAUUGUUGUUGGAAUAACAGAACAGCUCAAAAAGAUUAGCUACUGCAAUCUUCUCACAAUCCGUUCAAAAGUUACUACAAUAUGUUGUAAAGUUACCUUCAAUUGUUCAAAAUUAGAGCAAUCCAUUCAAAUAAUAUAUACUCUUUCAUUUUACUAAAUAAAUAGUAUUCCUAUUUUGUUGGUGAUCAUGGCUGCAAAUUCUUCAUCUCAAUACAAACUUCGAAGUCUUGUUACGUUGCUUCACCAAUAUUACAGAGUUCGCUUUAAUGAUGCAUCCUUACAGGUUCAGGGUUUCCAUGGUUUAGUUCCAGCUACGAGGAUCGGUUAUAGUGAUUCAAUAACUCCAGGGUUGCGAUUUAUCAGUUCUGGAGAGUAUAGAAUACCCAAGACGGAUCAGGUAAAGAAUGAAGCAAACCAGGUUCCUCCAGAAGAGCCAGCUCCUUCUAAGCCCAGUUUAUUUGCUUGGACGAAAUGGAUUUUGGGGUCCAUAAUAUCAAUAUUCCUCCCCUUUUGGAAGGAUAAAUGGGACAACUUUCGAAGAAUAGAAGGAGAGGUAGAGAAGGUGGCAAAAGAGGUGGAAGAAGUUGCGGAGGUAGUAGCAGCGGUGGCGAGUAAAACGGAAAAUGUAAUGGCAGGGGUUGCCGAGAAGCUGCCGGAAAAUAGUCUACUCAAAGAAGCAGCUGUAGCAGUGGAAAAUGCAUCAGCUGCGGCUGCUAAAGAUGCUCAGUUUACUUCCAAUUUAAUUCACAAGGUUGAAGAUGUGGAGCAAGACUUGAAAGACUUGAAGACGAUGGUUGAGCCUGUUAUUGAAAAAAUCGAAGAACUGGAAAGCAGCAAAAAGUAGUGCAGUAUGAUUUUUAUUAUUCUUUUUAUAACUCAAAAUUAUAAAAGAAGAGUGUCAUGUUCUUCUUCAUUUAUAGUGUGGCUUUUAUACCACAAUUCAAAACAUUGUGAUUGUGAAUGAGAAAAUAAUUAUGGAAACGAUUCAAUUUCAUAUACUUAA